GAGGGGAGAGAGACGGAUAUCUCAGGUCAUCUGCAGCUGCAGCGAGUCUGAGGAGCCGUGGAAGGCAGGGAAGAUGGCGAUCCUCCAUUGCUGAGACCCGGCAGAAGCACAUGAGACUCCCAAACAACUUCCACAACAAUAACCCGAGCAGGAAGAGGAGAAAGAGAAAGAGGAUAAGGAGGCGGUGGGGCUGGAGAACCCGAAGCACCUCCCGGCGCCGGGACGCUUCUUCUGUUCCUGAUGUGAGAGGGUAGCCCCUGAUCAUGGAGGUGCUUCAGUGUGAUGGCUGUGACUUCCGAGCCCCAUCUUAUGAAGAUCUCAAGGCGCACAUCCAGGAUGUCCAUACAGCAUUCUUGCAGCCCACGGAUGUUGCAGAGGACAAUGAUGAGGAGCCACGAUCUGGGUCCAUGAAUGCUAGCAAUCAGACAGAGGUGGAGUUUUCUUCUAUAAAGGAUGAAUUUGUGAUUGCAGAAGAUUUAUCAGGUCAAAGUGCAGCUGCAUUGGGGAGCGGAAGUUACUAUGGCCACAGUCCAGGAUAUUACGGUCAGCAUAUUGCCCCUAACCCCAAACCAACCAACAAAUUUUUUCAGUGCAAGUUCUGCGUGCGCUACUUCAGGUCAAAAAAUCUCCUCAUAGAACAUACUAGGAAGGUCCAUGGAGCUCAAGAUGAAGGGAGUUCAACAGGACCUCCUGUCCCAGGGUCCUUAAAUUAUAAUAUUAUGAUGCACGAAGGAUUUGGAAAGGUCUUCUCUUGCCAGUUUUGCACAUACAAAUCACCUAGGAGGGCAAGGAUAAUUAAGCAUCAGAAGAUGUACCACAAGAACAGUUUGAAGGAGACCACAGCAUCAUCACCCGUUUCUGCCCCACUGCCGGAUCCUGUGGUUCCACCCGUGUCCUUGCAGGACCCCUGCAAGGAACUACCAGCAGAGGUUGUGGAGCGUAGCAUCUUAGAAUCCAUGGUGAAGCCUUUGACCAAGUCUCGGGGCAACUUUUGCUGUGAGUGGUGUAGCUACCAGACCCCUCGCCGUGAACGCUGGUGUGAUCACAUGAUGAAGAAACACCGCAGUAUGGUCAAGAUCCUCUCCAGUAUCAGGCAGCAGCAAGAAGGGACUAAUGUAGCAGAAGUGCAGAACAGUAAUGAACCCAGCCCCACAUCCAACUCCCCCUACCUGUCCAUGAAUGCUGCAAGCCGGGAGAUGCCCAACACUAAUGUCUCCAAUUUCAGGGGCUCCAUGGGCAACUCUGUCAUGAGACCUAAUUCUUCUUCAGCUUCCAAGUUUUCUUCUAUGUCUUACCCUCAGAUGAAGCCGAAGUCACCUCAUAAUUCUGGCCUUGUGAACUUGACAGAUAGGUCCCGUUAUGGAAUGUCUGAUAUGACUAAUUCGUCUGCUGACCUGGACACUAAUAGCAUGCUGAAUGACUCUAGUUCUGAUGAGGAGUUAAAUGAGAUAGACAGUGAGAAUGGUUUAAGUGUUAUGGAUCACCAGGCAUCAGGCCUAUCUGCAGAGCAGUUGAUGGGUUCUGAUGGCAACAAAUUGUUAGAGACCAAGGGGAUUCCAUUUAGAAGGUUCAUGAAUAGGUUCCAGUGUCCCUUUUGUCCUUUCCUCACCAUGCAUCGGCGCAGCAUUUCCCGCCACAUAGAGAACAUCCACUUGUCUGGAAAGACAGCUGUCUACAAAUGUGAUGAGUGUCCAUUUACUUGUAAGAGCUCAUUAAAACUUGGGGCUCAUAAACAGUGUCACACGGGUACAUCAGAUUGGGAUGCUGUGAAUUCUCAGAGUGAAAACCUCUCUUCCUCUUUGAAUGAAGGUAUGGUAUCUUACGAGAGCUCCAGCAUCAAUGGUAGAAAGUCGGGAGUCAUGUUGGAUCCAUUGCAGCAGCAGCAGCCACCACAGCCACCUCCACUGCCACCACCGCUGCCACCACCAUCACAGCCACUGCAGCAGCCACCGCCACCGCAGCUGCAGUCACCACACCAGGUGCCACCCCAGCCACAGCCACCACCAACACAGCAGCCACAGCCACCCACACAGGUCCCACCCUUGCACCCUUACAAGUGCACCAUGUGUAGUUACUCCACCAUGACUCUAAAAGGGCUAAGAGUCCAUCAGCAGCACAAGCAUUCCUUCUGCGACAACUUGCCAAAAUUCGAGGGGCAGCCCUCAAGCCUACCACUGGAAAACGAAACAGAUAGCCACCCCUCUUCCAGCAACACUGUGAAGAAAAGUCAGACCUCAAUUCUUGGGUUAUCCUCCAAGAAUAACUUUGUAGCUAAGGCCUCUAGGAAGCUUGCUAAUGACUUUCCUCUUGAUUUAUCACCUGUGAAGAAACGAACAAGGAUUGACGAGAUAGCGAGCAAUUUGCAGAGCAAAAUCAACCAAACCAAGCUGCAGGAAGAUGCGAUCAUCAAUGUUGAGGAUGAUGAGGAGGAAGACGAUGACAAUGAAGUCGAGAUAGAGGUUGAGCUGGACAGGGAAGAAGAGCCAACAGAACCCAUCAUGGAGGUUCCCUCUUCCUUUUCAGCCCAGCAGAUUUGGGCCAGAGACACCAGUGAGUCCCAGAAGGAGCCCAACUACAGAAGUAUCACCCAUGACUACAAUGCCACCAAUGGGGCGGAGAUUGAACUCACACUUUCUGAAGAUGAAGAGGAUUAUUAUGGCUCUUCAGCAAGCAUGAAAGAUCAUCAAGUGUCCAAUACGGCUCUGCUAAGCACCCAAGCCCCUAUCUAUGGGACAGAACACAAUAAUGAAAAUACAGAUUUCGGUGACUCUGGAAGGCUUUACUAUUGUAAACACUGUGACUUUAAUAAUAAAUCUGCCCGGAGUGUUAGCACGCACUACCAGCGGAUGCACCCAUACAUCAAGUUCAGCUUCAGGUAUAUCUUGGACCCCAAUGACCACAGCGCAGUGUACAGGUGCCUGGAAUGCUACAUCGACUACACCAACUUUGAAGACCUCCAACAGCAUUAUGGUGAACAUCACCCAGAGGCCAUGAAUGUACUCAACUUUGACCAUUCAGACCUGAUCUACCGGUGUCGGUUUUGUUCCUAUACAAGCCCAAAUGUCAGAAGCCUGAUGCCACAUUACCAAAGAAUGCAUCCCACGGUGAAAAUCAACAAUGCCAUGAUAUUUUCAAGCUAUGUUGUGGAGCAGCAGGAAGGGCUGAAUGCUGAGUCUCAGACCCUACGAGAGAUUCUGAAUUCGGCUCCCAAGAGCAUGGCAACAUCUACUCCUGUGGCUCGUGGCGGUGGUAUGCCAUCUACCUUUAACAAAAGUACUCCUUCCAAGACCUUUACUCCAGAAUGUGAAAAUCAGAAGGACCCUUCGGUCAACACCGUUGUUGUUUAUGAUUGUGACGUUUGCUCAUUUGCAAGCCCCAACAUGCACUCUGUCUUGGUUCACUAUCAGAAGAAACACCCUGAAGAAAAGGCCUCCUACUUUAGGAUCCAGAAAACCAUGCGCAUGGUGUCUGUGGACAGAGGCUCUGCCCUUUCCCAAUUAUCAUUUGAGGUGGGUGCUCCAUUGUCUCCCAAAAUGUCCAACAUGGGUUCCCCACCCCCCCCACAGCCCCCACCACCAGACCUCAGUAUUGAGCUUUACUACUGCAAACACUGCUCCUACAGCAAUCGGUCAGUUGUGGGGGUGCUUGUUCACUACCAGAAAAGACACCCAGAAAUAAAGGUUACUGCCAAAUAUAUCAGACAGGCCCCUCCCACAGCUGCAAUGAUGAGAGGGGCCGAAGGGCUCCAAGAUUCCCCUCGGCCUUCUGGCCCCAUGCAGCUGAACCGGAGCAGUUCUGAGAGAGAUUGCCCUCCUGUGGAGACUGAGAUGUUCUUUUGCCAGCACUGUGAUUAUGGGAACCGGACGGUCAAAGGUGUCCUCAUUCAUUAUCAGAAGAAGCAUCGGGACUUCAAGGCCAAUGCAGAUGUCAUCAGGCAGCACACAGCCACCAUCAGAAGCCUCUGUGACCGAAACCAGAAGCCUGCCAGUUGUGUGCUUCUCCCUGCCUCUGGUAUGGAAAGGGACAAAACGAAACUUCGAGCGCUUAAGUGCAGGCAGUGCUCAUAUACCUCCCCUUAUUUCUAUGCACUGCGGAAGCAUAUCAAGAAAGACCACCCUGCCCUGAAGGCCACGGUCACGUCCAUCAUGCGAUGGGCAUUUCUAGACGGCUUGAUAGAAGCUGGCUACCACUGUGAGUGGUGCAUCUACUCCCAUAUGGAGCCCAGUGGUUUGCUCCUGCAUUAUCAAAGGCGGCACCCUGAACAUUAUGUAGAUUACACCUACAUGGCUACCAAACUGUGGGCUGGGCCAGACCCAUCCUCUCCCACUCUCACCAUGCCAGCUGAAGCCAAAACAUACAGAUGUAGGGACUGUGUUUUUGAAGCCGUAUCCAUCUGGGACAUCACCAAUCAUUACCAAGCAUUCCACCCCUGGGCCAUGAAUGGUGAUGAGUCUGUGUUGCUGGAUAUCAUCAAGGAGAAAGAUGGUGUGGACAAGGCCAUCCUCACACCUGAAGAGUUGAUAGGCCCUGUGAAUUGUGAAAACAGUCUGCCCACCCCCCUCCCUGAGCAGGAAGCUGAGUGCCCAGAGGAUGCCAGACUUUCCCCAGAGAAAAGCAUUCAUCUGGCUUCAGCUAACCCUGCUAUAUCUUCCACCCCAUACCAGUGCACCGUGUGCCAGUCUGAGUACAACAACUUGCAUGGCCUCCUCACCCACUAUGGGAAGAAGCACCCUGGCAUGAAAGUGAAGGCUGCUGAUUUUGCACAGGAUAUUGACAUCAACCCAGGUGCCGUCUACAAAUGCAGGCAUUGUCCAUACAUCAACACUCGAAUCCAUGGUGUCCUGACCCACUACCAGAAGCGACACCCAGCCAUCAAGGUGACCGCUGAGGACUUUGUGCACGAUGUGGAACAGUCAACUGACAUAUCCCAGAAUGAUGUGGAGGAGACAAGCAGGAUUUUCAAACAAGGGUAUGGUGCCUACCGGUGUAAGCUGUGUCCAUAUACACAUGGCACUCUGGAGAAACUCAAGAUCCACUAUGAGAAGUACCACAACCAGCCAGAAUUUGAUGUCUUUUCCCCAUCUCCCCCGAAGCUGCCAGUCUCCCUCGAACCUGAGAUAAGCACUGAAGUGAGCCCCUCCCAGAUCUCAGUGACGGAGGAGGAGGUGGGCGAGGACCCCAUGUCUACUUCUCACUUCUCUACCUCGCAUCUGGUCUCCCACACUGUGUUCAGGUGUCAGCUCUGCAAGUACUUCUGUUCCACCAGGAAGGGCAUUGCCAGGCACUACCGAAUCAAGCACAAUAAUGUCCGUGCCCAGCCCGAGGGCAAGAACAAUCUCUUCAAGUGUGCCCUGUGUGCCUACACCAACCCCAUCCGCAAGGGAUUGGCAGCCCACUACCAGAAGCGCCACGACAUCGAUGCGUAUUACACCCACUGCCUUGCAGCCUCCAGGACCAUCAGUGACAAGCCCAACAAGGUGAUCAUCCCAUCCCCACCCAAAGAUGACUCCCCACAGCUGAGCGAGGAGCUACGGCGGGCCGUGGAAAAGAAAAAGUGCUCUUUAUGUUCCUUCCAGUCUUUCAGUAAGAAAGGCAUCGUCUCCCAUUAUAUGAAGCGUCACCCGGGGGUGUUCCCAAAGAAACAACAUGCCAGCAAGCUGGGGGGCUACUUCACGGCAGUCUAUGCAGAUGAACAUGAGAAAACCCCAUUGAUGGAAGAGGAAGAGAGAAGUAGCUUUGAGAGAGCCGAGGUGGAGGGCGAAGCUCAGGACAUCGAGUGGCUCCCAUUCCGCUGCAUCAAAUGCUUCAAGCUGUCCUUCAGCACAGCGGAGUUGCUGUGCAUGCAUUACACGGACCACCACAGCCGGGACCUGAAGAGGGACUUCAUCAUUCUCGGCAGUGGCCCUCGCUUCCAGAACUCCACCUUCCAGUGUAAGCACUGUGAUAGCAAAUUGCAAAGCACAGCCGAGCUGACCUCACACUUGAACAUUCACAAUGAGGAAUUCCAGAAGCGUGCCAAACGUCAGGAGAGGAGGAAACAGCUUUUGAGCAAGCAGAAAUAUGCAGAUGGUGCUUUUGCAGAUUUCAAACAAGAGAGGCCUUUUGGUCACUUAGAAGAGGUGCCAAAGAUCAAGGAGAGGAAGGUGGUGGGCUACAAGUGUAAAUUCUGCGUGGAAGUGCACCCAACGCUGCGAGCCAUCUGCAACCACCUCCGGAAGCACGUCCAGUAUGGCAAUGUCCCAUCUGUGUCAGCUGCUGUGAAGCAGGAGGCUGAAGACCCUUCCCACUUGUUCCUGGAUGGAGUGGAAGCAACUGGAGAUGACAGUGGCACCCUGGGGCUGCGUUCUCACGAGAGGAGCCAUCUGGCCCUGGCCAUGUUUACCCGCGAGGACAAGUACAGCUGCCAGUAUUGCUCCUUUGUUUCUGCUUUCAGACACAACUUGGACCGGCACAUGCAGACCCAUCACGGACACCACAAACCGUUCCGCUGCAAACUCUGCUCUUUCAAGUCCUCCUACAACAGCCGGCUGAAGACACAUAUCCUCAAAGCCCAUGCUGGUGAACAUGCCUACAAGUGUUCCUGGUGCUCAUUUUCCACCAUGACAAUCAGCCAGUUGAAGGAACACUCACUCAAGGUCCACGGCAAAGCCCUGACCCUUCCCCGGCCACGGAUUGUCAGUCUUCUCUCCUCACAUAACCACCACUCCUCUCAAAAGUCUAGCCCAGCCGAAGAAGCGGAGGACUCCAACGAUUCUUCUUACUCGGAGCCCCAUGUUCAGCAACAGUUGAAUCACUACCAGUCAGCCGCCCUGGCAAGAAACAACAGCCGUGUGAGCCCGGUGCCUCCUGCUGGGACUGUGGCUGGCACAGAACAGAAGGCAGAAGCUGUUCUGCACUGUGAAUUCUGUGAAUUCUCCUCUGGCUACAUCCAGAGCAUCAGGCGCCAUUACCGGGACAAGCAUGGAGGCAAGAAGCUAUUCAAGUGCAAAGACUGCUCCUUUUAUACGGGCUUUAAAUCUGCUUUUACUAUGCAUGUGGAAGCUGGGCAUUCGGCGGUCCCGGAGGAAGGCCCCAAAGAUCUCCGCUGUCCUCUCUGCCUUUAUCAUACCAAAUACAAACGAAACAUGAUCGACCACAUAGUCCUACACCGAGAAGAGCGAGUUGUCCCCAUUGAAGUGUGCCGUUCCAAACUGUCAAAAUACUUGCAGGGAGUAGUUUUCCGCUGUGAUAAGUGUACCUUCACCUGCUCCAGUGACGAGAGCCUCCAGCAACACAUAGAAAAGCACAAUGAACUGAAACCUUACAAAUGCCAGCUCUGCUACUAUGAGACCAAGCACACGGAGGAACUGGACACUCACCUUCGGGAUGAGCAUAAGGUCAGCCGUAACUUUGAGCUGGUUGGACGGGUUAACUUGGAUCAGCUGGAACAGAUGAAGGAAAAGAUGGAGAGUUCCAGCAGCGAUGACGAGGACAAGGACGAUGAAAUGAGCAGCAAGGCUGAAGACAGAGAGCUGAUGAGAUUUUCUGACCGAGGGACUGGUGUGAACCCUGAGAAGCGAUUUCCGUGUGAAUUCUGUGGACGGGCAUUCUCUCAGGGCUCUGAGUGGGAAAGACAUGUGUUGAGACAUGGCAUGGCAUUGCAUGAUACCAACCAAGUGAGCAGAGACGAAGUCCAUACGAAAGAGAUGGUAGAGGAUAGUAUGCAGCUGCCCUCCAUAGAGGCAAAAGAAGACGAUGAGCCAAUCGGGAUAGACUUUUCCCUAAAGAGUGAAGCCGUAGCCAUCUGUGUAGUAGCUGCCGACAAAUCUCUCCUGGAGACUGCAGAGGCCAAAACGAAUAAGAGUGUGGUGAAAUUCUUAUCAAAUCUUACUUGAACCGUGAUGAAAAUGUGGGAGGGCCGGCGUGGGCUGAGAAGGGAGGGGGCAGAGAAGACAGAACAAAAGCUGCUUUUAGGACUGAACAAUCUAUUUUCAGGGCACUGGUACCUGUGUGAGUGAGGAUGUAAAUUAAAGUUAUUUAAAUGGUUGGAAUAUGUGGCUCCGUUCCCGUCACGCCAUCCUUCCUUCCGGAUCUUCACCACGCAAGUUUUCAUCUGCUGCAGUUUGGGAAGUACGUUCCUCGAACACAGCGGGCGCUCACCGUGACCCUCGGACAGUGUGUGGCAACCGAAGCUCGGGGACAGUAGAAGACUUCUCCUAGGGGAACAACUUUUUGGGCGCACAACUUUCAGUGCGUUUUUAUAGUUUUAAUACCUUAAGCUUUUUCAAGACCUAACUGCAGCCGCUUUGGGAGAAAAAAAAAAAAUAACAGAACAGAAAACAAACAAACAAAAAAACUGCUUUGCAUAAAACAGUCACCUGUUUCCUAGUACCUCAGACUUAACCAAGGGAAAUCUCUGCAUUUGUCUUUACUACCUGUCACCCUUGUGGUUAAAUGUGGAGAGAGCUGCUGGACAGGAUGGUGAAUGGAGAAAAAGAGUUUUAAAGAAAGGAACACAAAUUGUGCUUAAAAUCCCCACGUGGGUUUUAUUUCUUAAAAUACUGUGAUUUUUUUAAUUAUUUUAGUAAAAAACAAAACAAAAAAAAAAGAAACAGACUUUAAUUACUAGAUAACUGUGUGUGAAUUGUCACCCUGUAUUCCAGGUAAGCUGUUUAUUAGUGUUCAGCUAUAAUUUAGAAUUUGGUAGGUUCAUGUGAACUAAUUUUAAGGUGAUUGUGGGGUUUUGUUGGCCACAUGUUUAUUUUCUCUCAAUUUGAGUGUUACAAACACAGCACAAAUUCAGUUUUUUUCAUAUAUAAAUUGUUCUUUGUGCAUUUGUUUUUAAUUUGAGGUCAAGGGAGAGUUACAGGAUUUGUGUGCGUGUGUGUGCAUAGGAAUUUUUAUAAUUUUGAACAUGGAAAUAAAAAGAGGUUAACUUCCCUUUCUGUUUUGUUUUUAAUUUAACUAAAGAACCAAACCCCAGCCCAGCUAUGCAGUGUGUGGGUCAGUUAAAGAGGCCCUCUGACCCUUUCGUUUCUUCUCAUACAAACACCAACAAUUUCUGUUCGAUUGGGCUAGCUUUCAUGUGUGAUUUGAACUCUUGUGUUUUGGUUGCUUUGUGUAUUGUGAGGCUUUCUUGUUCCUUUUGGGAGCCAUCCCUUUCAGAGCAUGGGCAAGAGAUC